AUGCCUCACAAACUCAGCGACUACUCCGACUCCAAUUCCACCAGCACAGUCAGCAGUACCGACAGAAUACCUGUCGGCGAAAUAUCAGAUGCUUCCCGCAGAUCCGGUCCUAAACUAGUCGUUGUACAUAAUGGCGGCGGACCCAGUUACGACGACAAAAGACCGGCCUCUUGGGACAAGAGUCGGUGGAAAUAAAUCACGAACAAAACUUGAAGUUGCGUGCGACUGUCUUACUGGUUAAGUCAGAUAGUCGAAGCGGAGACAAAAAUACCUCGAUUGGCGGGUUUUCCUUUUUGUUUUUUGUUGAGAUUGUUCAAGCGCACAUACACGGAUUCUGACUGGCUCGGUUUCCGCUUCCCGCGCGUCUUGAAUAAAGAAAAAGGGAGAGAGGACAAGAAAAGUGAGGCGGACACUCAUCGAGACAUCAACCCUUGCGCCAAUUUUGAGGCCAUACUGGACAUAUACUAGUACGCUAUGUACUAUUCCUCUUUCUGCAUCGUGCAAGAAAGUGAGGCUUACUAGUCUGUCUCUUCCGCAUGUCUCCGACUCCCUUUUUUGCAUCCCCUGAUUGUUCCGAUACUCUCUUUCCGUUUAUCCUGGCAUCUGGCAUCCUGACCGGCCCGACAAAUUAUCCAUUCUCAUGAAGGCAGUGCGAGAAGCCUGCAAUUCCUAUUUCCGGAUCGUCCAUACCAGUCAGGGUGCGCCGUGCCUUUUCUCCCUUCAAGCUUUCUCACUCGCCCACGCUGCCCUUGCAUUAGCCGCCUUUCGUUGCUUUCUGUUUCGCUGCACGCACCUGUACUACUACGUGUACAAUCUUGUAUGAGUGGACGACUUUGACUUUCUGUUUGCUCUGUUUGUUUGAUUUAUUCUUGCGGUCAGUGUGUUGUUGUUCGAGACUGCCAGCUCAGUCCAGCAGCAUAGCAUACAUAUACAUAUACAUGUACUGUACAGUACAUAGUAUAGUGUGUUGCAUGCUUUACUCUCUUUGUGCUGUUUUCUUUUAUUAUUGCAUCGGACAUGAUAUUGUCGUUUGUCUCGUCUGUUAAUUGCUUCAAGUCUCACCGCUUGAUCUCAAGUCCUGACAACACUCCACCUUAUCAUUGUCCGCUGCUUGUCUGUUAUACUGGUGUUCUCUCAGAUUGACAUUAGCGUGCAUUAGCUUGUUUUUACUUGCUUUUUCCAUUUUCUGCUUUUGGCAUCGCAUACAUUAACCUCGCCGAAGAAGCCAUCGCUCUUGCGCGGUCAAAUAGUCAACUUCAGCAGCGUUUGAUUGUCAUGCGAUUGUCAUGUACCAUACUCAUGCAUCCAUUGUGGCGUUUUUGUUCUCCUCUUUUUGGGCAGAGGUCAAGGUCAGAUUGUACACUACUAUCUAUUUAUUUCGGGUUACUUUAUUUCGCUUUAUGGGGUGUACGAUACAUCCAUAUCUAUAUCAGGUUGAAUACAAAUUGAAGCGCAAG